UCGAAGGAAAGGAAACCAUCCUGAUCCAACUCGUGGCGCCGCCGCCGCCGCCGCCGCAUCGCAUCGCCAUCCUCCACCUAGCUCAUCCACCUCCCACGUAUCCGUACCCCGGCCCCGCGGCGAGAUGGCCUCGACCUGCUUCCGAGCCGCCGCCCGCAUGGCCUCCGCCGCCAGACGCUCGGCGGCGGCGCCCCACUCCGCCUCCUCCGCCGCCCGCGCCGCCGCCGCCGCCGCGGCCCGCCGCGCUCCGUGCUUCUCCAGGAUGCCGGUGGAGCUCGGGUGCUGCACUGGAAUGUCGUUGUUUCCGCUGCACAGUGCGGUGGCGGCUGCGAGGCUGACGUCACGGCUGAGCACGGCGUCCCGGACCUGCAGCGCUCUCUCUCAGGAUGAAAAUGAUGAUACGUGAAACAUUUACACAAUGUCUUAAGAGAUGGGUCAGUUUGUUCGAAGGUGAUAAAACGCUGGGAGACAUGCUCAUGUUGUGCUAUUUGACUGAUUGGAUUUUGUAGAGUAGUAAACAAAAUGAAUGUCUGUGGUGCUACACUUUUUUUUUUACUCCAGCUACAAUCUUGGUCGCGUUAGAGCUUUCCAGGUUUUGAGUUCAUGUCUUCUGAUAUCCUUCCAUAAAAAUAUGCAAGGAUACAUUGCAAAAGUCUGGGCUAUAUUUGUUUUGUACAAUUCUGAAUGCCCUGAUUGUGACAAUGAUAGGGAGAAACAAUUUGAGAUCAGGCGUUGGAAAUUAUGAUGGUAUUGCAUAUGCUA